AUGCGGCAGAUUCAAAAGACCCAAUCCCGAGCUAACCAUGUCAAAGGCACGACUUUGAACCAACAGCAGCCACAGCAGCAGCAGCAGCAGCAGCGAUCCCAGCAUGGCAACGUAAACACAAAUCUCACGAAAAGCUUCGACGAAAGUUACGACGAGCAGAUCGCUGAACAACAGCGAGAACAAAAACAAACCGAGAAACCAACAACCCAAAAACAACAGCUAUCUAUUGUACAUUAUGUGCUGGCAAUGCCAUUAGCAGCAGUAUAUAUUGUUGCGCGUGCUUUACUAGAUUGCAUUCGCGGCUCAGUCUUUUGGACGCUUUGGUUUAUUGAAAAAUCAGCACCUAUGAUUGACGCCUGGCUUUUUGACAAAGUGACAGUCUGGCUACCAGCAAAAUACGCACAGUGCGAGCAAUGGUGGACGACACGCGGCGUGCAUGUCUGUUAUGAGACUCAACAGUAUGCAUUGUACACAGCCAUACCCGCGACCAUCCAUUGCAUCGACCAUUUGUUUAUCGGGAUAGUCCACUUUUAUCGAUGGACCCACAAGAUUUCGAUCCAAUUCGGUGAUGCUUGGCAACGUUUUGCUAAGCAACAUGACUGGAAACAGUUGGCUUCGGAUAUGGCAAAUGUCUGGACCGCGGUUGUCUGGAAACCCACAGUAUGGACAGUUUAUCGGUUCUACCGACUGGGUGUCUUGCUCUACUAUGGCAGUCAACAAGUGCUGCGAUCCAUUAAAAACGAUCUCACUUGGCUCGCAACCAUAGCCCUUCCAACAAUAUGGAGUUUCAUCAAGGCGACGCGGAUGUACGACUGGGUGAGCCGCAGUGCAUCAUGGACCAGCAUGCAGAUGAAAUGGGUAGUGGCUAGAGCCCUGGAACAGGUUGCCUUACCCUUAUUACGAAACGCGCGAUGCGGGAUCAUUACGACUGUUGAUUUUAUUGCUUCAGUAAUUGAGUCGCAUGGCUUUCAAACGCGGUUACAAAAAAUGAGAACCGUAUUUUUUUCGAACGUCGUCUGGCUGAUCGAAGAACAAGCAGGUUUCUUCACCAACAACGUCGAGCUCUUGAUGCCGUGCAUCGCCUACUUUACGAACGAGAUCAUGCCAUCAUUGGCAAAGGCAUACAAACGUCUAACAACAAUGUUAUGGGCAUUUUACAUACGGCAAAUACGCCCUGCCUUGAUCAGCGCUUACUUUUUUGUCCAACCAACUAUCAUUGCGUAUUACAGGUUCGUAUCCGACACUGUAUCCGACCCUAUUAUCGCCGUGUGGAUGUUUGCACAAUCUGUUUCGUCGAGAAUAUGGGUUGCCGUCCAGCUUCAUGGUCACCAUACUCUCGCAGCAUCCAUUCGCAGCAUCCAGCAAUCUGCGAAUCACACAUGGCUGCUGAGUAAGCAACUUUACGUUUACUUGACACUGUGGAUCGAAAAACAUGCACCGUAUAUUCUCGACGUGUUUAGCAAAGCAUGGGAACUUGCUGUUUCGAAUGGCUGGGCACUCGUGCAACUCGAUACAACCGAAAUGAAGGAUUGGGUAGUCAAAGUAUCCGCGAUGACCUUUGAGUCGCUUGAAAGAACUCUUUCUGAAUGGAUCAAAGAGCAAUCACAGACCAGCUACACCGCUACCAACAAAGAGAAAGCAAACUAG